AUGCCGGAGGUUCAUCUCACCAUUGCUUCAGCACUUUUGGCUGCUGGUGAUCAAGACCUCUCAGCCUCCGACAGAACAGACUGCAACAAAUCCCGUCUCAAAGAGCUUCUUGAUAGCCCAUGCUCCUUUGGUCGGUGCCGAUCGGGUCACUGCAGUGUGUGUGAGCCUGGCUUGAAGCUCGAGGAUGUUUUGGCUUUCCGUCGAGUUUUUGAUGGCAUGGGCUCAGCAAGGCGGGCUGCAUUCCUGAACAGGUCUUAUGGAGAUGCCAAAGCUGGCAACACUCGCUGCAAGCGGAUCUUCCUUGAAAAACGGUGUUGUGAGAGACAGCUGUUUGCUUUACUCGAGAUAUCGGCCAGCACACUUGGCAAGCUUUGCAAGGGCCAUUGCUUCGAUGGCCGUGUCACUAACGGACGGAUGGUGACUGAAGCUGGUAUGUCGGUGGAUCAGUUCUUCUUGGAGAUGUACCAUUCUGCAGCAGAGUUUCUCCCAGAGGAUGACACAUGCCAUAUGGAGAAUGUUGAUUGGACUGUGCAGCAGGAAGAGUUGCAAGAAUCCCAAGCACCGGAUCUGGGCCGGGAUGAUGAAGAUCUGGCACCAAUGUUGGGAUGGGACCCUGAGAAGUCUUGGCUACACACAGCCAUUGCAUCAGCCGCUGAUGCACACUUGCCCAAGCGGUAUGUGCAGCACAAAAAGCCAAUCGAUAUUUGGUGGCUUUACUUGGCAUGGCGCCUAGUCAGAGUCCCAGAGUCCCAGAGUGCAGACUCAGAGUCCAGAGCGGCCUGUUGGAGCACAUUCUGGCAGCGGUGGAGCAAGAGAUGGUGCCACUGCAUUGGCUUGCGCAAGCCGACACAACAUGCUCAGUGCAACGAUUGCAGCAAGUUUUCCAACCUACUUCACUUCGGCGAUGCUUCUGUUGCAGAAAAGAAAGCGGUGGUACAGCAAGGUGCCUGGAUCAAACAUUCUCUGCAUAAUCCUGGAUGGCAUGGACAAGAGUGUAGCUGGCCACAACUUCCGUUCCGGAAGCCGAAGAACCUGGAGAAGUUCCACAGACCCCGUUUGACCAUUCACCUGGCAUUGGCCCAUGGAUUUUGUGCUGAUUUCUAUCUCGCUGAUGACGAGAACUUCUUUCACGGUGCCUCUUUCUUUUGCGAGAUUCUCACGAGGACUUUGGCCCGUGUACAGGAAGCUUGCAGGCAGCAAGGAAGAUCCAUGCCUGAUCAUCUCGUUAUCCAAAGUGAUAACACUACAGCACAGGCCAAGAAUGCAGAGGUCGCGAACUUCCUCGGGGUGCUUGUGCGGAAGUUCAAGUUUCAGUCCUGUGUCCUGAACUUUUUGCGUGUAGGCCACACGCUCGAAGACGUGGACUUUGUCUUCAGCAUCCUUUUGGCCAAGGUUCUGAGACGAUGCAAGGUCAUGGUGCCAGAAGACCUCAGGACGGGCAUCCUCACAGGCAUGACACCCGUCCUGGCACCCAAGGGCUAUGAUGUGAAUGUGGAGAUCCUCACACAUGUCAGGAAUUUCCAGUCAUGGCUCGGGGCUAUGUGUGUCCAUCCUCACAACUGCUAUAAACGACGUGAAGGCAUCCUGGCACCCCAUUCCUUCACCUUCAAGCUCCGCAUGGAUUUGGCACCCCGUGAGCAGCAGCUAUUGCUGCAGCAUCCCACUGACAGAGGUUGGCCUUCUAAUCCUCUCGAUGUCUUUUGUGUUGUGAAGACUUGGAUGCAAAGCCACGGUCCAAACGGGCCUCCUACCUUGCUUAUCCCGGACGCACGCUUCGACAGAAUCAGCACCGCAGCCCCAACAGAAGCUUGUCGGGCCAGCCACCCAAUGAGACAGCAGAGGACAAAGGAACUGCGGCAGCUGGCAGACGCACUGGAGGAACUCACAGGCACAUGGAAAGCUGAACACUCCAUGUUCCGGUCGGCCCAAGAACUCCGAGAUCUCGCUGACGGAAGGAACCGAGAACCAUCACAGGACGGGUACUUGGAGGCGUUGGAGGCUCCACGGGAUGACCCAAUCGUUGAAGCAGCCUGA